UUUUGAAAAGAAUUUAUUUCAUAGCUAUUUUAUAUGAUAUUGCCUAAAAGACCCUAAAUGUACAAAUCAGACGAUGUUUUCGUAAAAUAUUAACAAGCAUAAUAUGUACGGCAACCGCAUCUCGACAAUACUGCCAUCACAAACACUCAUCCCUUUCUUGUACUUAUCGCAACAGUCCUACCAACCGCUAUAGUUCUUGCGGCAACGUUGUUAGACUUUUUCAAAUUCGCAAUAGCUGUGGUAACUCUCUUUUCAAAGAAAAUCUACGUUUGAAUAUUAUACAUUAACGUUCGAAAUGGCGUCGCGUUUGAAAAACGAAGGUAAACGGAACGGAUUAUGGCAGCACUUUACAGCGGUGGAUGCAGUAAGGGCACAAUGCGAUUUUUGUAAAACUACUCUGUCUUACAAAGGUGGAGGUACAUCCAAUUUACGAAAGCAUCUCCUUGUUAAGCAUCCAUCAAUUGAGUUAUCGCAAACAACAUCGGUAAGAAACGAUGAACAUGCCACAAUGGCCCCUGAACAUAGUACGUCAUCAGCUACAAAACAAACGAGGCUCAGCAACUACACGCAACCGAAAUUAUCAAAAGAAAUGGUAACAGCUUUAAAUAAGAAGCUACUGCAAAUGAUAAUGAAAGACUUUCAACCGUUCUCCAUUGUCGAGGACGUUGGCUUUAAAAACUUCAUCAGUGGGCUGAAUCCCUCUUAUCAUAUUCCAUCUCGCACAUUUUUAACGAAGAAACUGUUGCCACAAGUUUAUGAAGAGCGCGUAAAUGAGGUGAAGCAAAUUUUGUCAGAAGCCAAUUUCGUAUGCCUCACCACAGAUGCAUGGACAUCUUUAACAAGUGAAAGUUUUGUAUCGCUUACAGCUCAUUUUAUAUCCAACAUUUGGCAGCAAAAAACUUUGGUUUUAAAUUCUUUUAGAAUGAAUGAACGCCACACUGCCAUUAAUUUUCGAAAUGUUUUAAUAGAUUCAGUAACUGAUUGGAAUAUCAGUCAGAAAAUUUGCGCAGUUGCGUCCGAUAACGAAUACUUAAAAGUAUCGACUCAGCACAUCACUAAUUACUUCGCUUUAAAACGAAAGUAUGCUUAUAUAUACCAAUAUUACAUUCAACAUUUCGUUUAA